AUGAGUUCUACAUCAUCGAAUAAUUCAAAUGAAAGGAGUACGCAAUCUUUGAGAGGACAGUCAUCGGGACAGGGUAGGAAGGGUCCGCCUGCUAAAUCCAAUAAUAAUAAACCUCCACCGGCAAUCUCUACUUCCGUUGAAAAAAGUCCGUCUAAUACUAGCUCUAAGAAUGGUAGUGGGGAUAGUUACUUUUCACCUAUUUCUCCAAAUUCCGAUGGGUAUAAUAACCCACUUAAAGGCGCUCCCGCUAUUAACGUGCAUGGUGAAUCUGUACAGUCAACUACCGAUAGAGAGAGUGGGAGUGGAAGAUCCUUCAAGGGAGUUCUUAAUAAUUUUGUUAGUUCAAUGACAGGACCCCCAAAGAGAGUUGAGAUUUCGUCACCGUAUGAUCCGGUUCAUUUGACUCAUGUUGGAUUCAAUCAAGAUACGGGAGAAUUCACGGGUUUACCUCAAGAGUGGCAGCAACUAUUACAAGAUUCGGGUAUCACAAAACAAGAUCAAGAAGCAAAUCCUCAGGCUGUGUUGGAUAUUGUUGGGUUUUAUCAAGAUAUUACAGGCAAUACAAACCCAAAAUUGAUCUGGGAAAAAUUCAAUGAUGCUAAAUUGACCAAGACACAACCUAAAGCGCCAACAGCCGGAUCAAGAUCGCCACCGCCGCACACUGACAAGACAUUCGAAAAUCCCCGAAUAGCUCCAUCGCCGCCACCAAAGAAGAAGUCCUCGCCUCCUGUACCAGCAAGACCAGCAAAUCCACCAUCACCAGCGGAGAUGAGAAAUAGACCAACAUCGCCAUCAUCGGCUCAAAGAUAUCCAAACAAAACAUCACAAGACCCACCAAGGCUCCCGCCAAUAAAUCUUCUGCCACCGCUCGACAGUCGUUCCACGCCAACGCCACCCCCAAAACAAUACAAACAACCACCGCGCCCCAAGGAAAACCUAAACCAAUCUCCUGUCCCUCCAGCAGCAAAACCAACUCCGUCAACAAAACCAACCCCGUCAACAAAACCAACUCCGCCAGCAAAACCAACUCCGCCAGCAAAACCAACUCCGCCAGCAAAAGCGCAAACCACACACACACCGAGUACUCGCCGAAGAGAACCAAAGACAAAUCCAACAAAAAAUUCAACGGAUAUCAUAGAGCGCUUACAAGCCAUCUGUACCGAUGCAGAUCCAACCAAGAUGUAUAGGAACCUGGUCAAAAUCGGUCAGGGUGCAUCAGGCGGAGUUUACACGGCAUAUCAAGUGGGAACGAAUUUGUCUGUGGCUAUAAAACAAAUGAACUUGGAACAACAGCCAAAGAAAGACUUGAUUAUCAACGAAAUUUUGGUUAUGAAAGAGAGUAAGCAUAGGAAUAUUGUUAACUAUAUUGACAGUUUCUUAUGGAAAGGCGAUUUAUGGGUUGUUAUGGAGUACAUGGAAGGUGGAAGUUUGACAGAUAUUGUGACAAGUAACAUAAUGACCGAGGGACAAAUUGCUGCUGUCAGUAGAGAGACUCUAGAAGGACUCGCUCAUCUGCAUUCUAAAGGCGUCAUUCACAGAGACAUUAAAAGUGAUAAUGUGCUUCUUGCCCUUAAUGGCGACAUCAAGCUUACUGAUUUUGGUUUCUGUGCCCAAAUCAACGAAAUCCAGAGUAAACGUACUACAAUGGUGGGCACGCCGUAUUGGAUGGCACCAGAGGUAGUAACACGCAAAGAAUAUGGUCCUAAAGUAGACAUUUGGUCGCUUGGUAUUAUGGCAAUAGAAAUGAUUGAAGGCGAGCCACCGUAUUUGAACGAGAAUCCGCUUAGAGCUCUGUACCUCAUUGCUACAAAUGGAACGCCACAAUUGCAUCAUCCGGAGAUUCUAUCUCCCGUGUUUCGCGAUUUCUUGGCCAAAUCGCUGGAAGUUGACGUUGAGAAACGACCGACAGCUGUAGAGUUGUUGAAGCAUCCUUUCCUUCAAAAAUCAGAGCCACUCCGUUCGCUAGCAUCAUUGAUUAAGACUGCUCGUGAGAAUGCUAAAAGAGGAUGA